CUCCCUUGUGGCCAGAAACUGUACAAAUGCAUGAAAAUGAUGCUUCUCCAGGGCAUCCUUGUCCUACUCUUACCGUACCUGGCAGCAGAGAUUUUUAAAGAGAAUAAAAAGGAGCCUUAUUCUGUUGACUUCCUGCAAACUAUUUUAGUAGAGUUCCUGCCUUAAGUCUGUAAAUUCUGGUCGACCCACAGUGUAUGUUUUAGCAGUCUUGCUCCAAAGUUUUAAGCAGCUGGCAGAACCACCAUGUUCCUAGGUGAAGCAACUAAUUACUCUUAGAAGUCUUUUUGUUUUGGGCAUCUGUGCCGACAGUGAUUAAGGGACUGUUGGUCAUUGAAAAUGGAAGAAACAAGGAACCUUUCCCCAAAGCUGACUAAAAGCAAAGAGCCUGUGAAAACAGAAUGGGGAUCUCAGAGCGUGGUGUUCACCUAUUUCCAAGGGGACAUUAACAGCAUGGUAGAUGAACAUUUUUCUAGAGCUCUCAGCAAUGCCAAGAACCCCCAAGACCUGAGCACAAAGCACAAGGGUGAGACUGUUGUCCUGAAAAACAUAGACAGCAUGUCUCCCCAUCAGUGGAAUUUCUCAUCACAUUGCUACAAACCAUAUCCAUCAUCUUCUUCAACAAGCAUGGCAACUUCUGCUCUGAGUUUUUCCACUGCUGGUGUGGUAGGCCAGUGCCAGCCGUCGUCUCUGCAGAGUCGUCCAGCUCAACCUGCAGAUUUAUGGCCCUUCCCUCCAACUGGGACUCCCAGUGUCACCGGUUCAAUGUAUCCUCACACCCUCCCUGACCUGCAUGCAGCCGAUGAGCUGAUCUCUGACAGGAAAUACAGUUCUCUUCUUGGCCUUCUGCAGCAAGAAAGGUGCUUAACGUCCAUGCAAGAAUGCACCAUGAAGCAACACUCGAGUUCUGCUUGUAUGACUGGACCUGCGAGGUUACAAAAUAUCAGUCAAAGUUCAGCUCCUGGGGGAGAGAGGAAAGCAAGCUCUUACCAAGGCUCAGAAAAUCCCAGUGUAAGCCAUGCCACUGCAGGUAUUCAGAUUCAUGACAGAAGACGAGAUUUGUACUUCUAGCAACUGAAUGUUUCUACUGUGUUCUGAAAGAGAGAGUUAUUUCUGUGAACUUUUAUUAUUUGCAACUGUGAAUCAAGAAGAAAUUUACUGCAGCUAUCCUGUGUUUUUUUUUCUCUCAGCUGGAAGAAUACACGUACUGUUUACUGUCUGGGGAAUGACAAAAUAAUACUUUUCUAUUCAGUAAUUUCUAUACAAUAAUUUCUAAUGUUUGUGGUAUUAACAUGGGCAGUAUGUUUAUUGUGGCCAUAUAUUGUCUAUUUAAGGCUUUUCAUGUAGCCCUCUUGAAAGGACUCCUGCUCUUUUUAAUCUUUCUGUGUUCAUUAAUUUACCGCCUCCUGAUAAGAAGUACAAUUCUUAUCAAUGCAGCUGAUAACCAGAAAGUGCAGGGAUGCAGUUAGCAUAAAUUCAAUGCUGCAACUUCUUAGCUUGAUUUGAUAUCUCCGUAUUGUUUAAAAUAGUCUAGGCCACUGGCAAGAGACUUCAACCACAGGCCAGCAAAGCACAGUAUUUUUGUUGUGAAAGUGAUGCAAUUUAUGACCGUACUUGCAAUUCCUAGGGAUACUCUUCGGAAAGUAUAUAAUAUACUUAUGCCUGAAGGCUCUGUUUUGCCCUCUCACUAAUGUAUCAUCGUCCUCUAGAAAGCAGUGAAUUCAUAGUAGUUCUGAGGAAACCUUGAUUCUUAUUGGGUGCAAUUAAAAUACCAUUCAGCAAAAGUCUGCAGGUAGGACUGUUCUAUUUUCCCAGCCUCUCUGCAGGUGUAGGAGAUUCUUUUUGUAAAUAAGCUGUGUGGGUUUAUCUUUUCCUUCUUCAUUGGUUAUACGUUAAUAUAAUAGAGCAUGAUUAGCUUUUUCUGACUGCUCUAUGUAGUUGCUGAAGGCAAUUUGACCUUUGAGAUGGCAGAGCUUGUGAUUUUUAUAGAACAAAUCCUAAACUGGUAUAAAUGUUUAUGACUGUUACAUCAGAUAUCUCUGCUGCCACAGCUCCAGUUAUAACACCUUGUGUAAUUUUAUAAAUAAUAUGAGUUUAGCAACAUCAGGUGUUUAUGGUACUAAUUCACAAACUGAGUUUUUUUAAAGGAAUUAUUUUUUAUAUUUUACAAGUUUGCUCUAGCAGUUACAUGUUCUACAUCAAUCUGAGAUCACAAGGGGAACGGUUUUAACUAAACUAAUAAAAGAUACACCGAUGUCCUGUCUUGCUAUAGAUAAGCACUGAAAAAAAACCCACUCCUUUUUAAUAUUUCUACAAAAAAUCCCUUUCUUCUCUUUUAAGUUUACAAAUAUUUAUCCAAGUAGUUCUGUUAUCCCAAGUCACUUAAUUACCUGAUUUUUAAGGCUACAUGGUAAUAUAAUUUGACUUCCUCUACGAGCCACAGCAAAGAUUUCCAACCUGUAUUGUUUACAUCUGUCAUACUGGCAUGUGCUAUAAUUCUAUUGAAUUAUAAUUCUAUUACUUAAAACUAUUGAUUUGGUUUUUUCCUCCCUCUUCCAUCCCUUCCAAAGGAAAAUGCUUAUAUAAUUUUCCUGCAAGGUCUGAAAAGACAGUCUAUUUAAAUGCUCUUAAAUAUAGUUCUUCAAGAUUAUAUAUGUAGAUUUUAUUAUAGAUUAUAUUCAAGAUUACUUAUAAAACCCUUGUUUCUGGUGAAUCAGACAAGUGGGAUUGGACAUUGUGGGGGGAAAAAAACCCGUUGUUUUUAAAUGUGUGUCCCUUAUUGCAAGAGCAGGAGCCAUCAGUGGCUCUGCCUUGACAGGGUCAUGCUGAGCUAUUGCUGCAAGGUUUGAGUCCCCAUUGUCCAGCUGUCUGGCAGACCUGGGGAAAGGGAACAAGUGUCCAAGUAGCUCAAAGGUCCCUGGACCCCUUGCCAGUGCAGGCUCCACACCAGGCACACGGGUGCUUGCUCUCUUCCCUGACUUUUAGAGGAAUGAGGAUGGAAUAGAGGGCUGUGGCACAGAGGCUCUGCUGUUCUGAAAUUUUGUUUUAUACCAUCACAGCACCAUGCACCAGAGUGUGCCUGGGUUUAUGGCAUCUCACUGCUCUUCUGCAAUAAACAUGGUUAACCCAUCA